UCAAUGUCUCAAUCAUUGACUAUUCACUAAGAAUUGAGAAAGCAAUUUGUUCUACAGUAAGUUUCAAACCUAGAGUCAUAAUUAACAAAAUGGGUUUCACAUAAUUGUCCUAAGUAAUGUAUUAUUACAUUUAGUGAGGAUAUAUUACAAUCUCAUUCAGACGAAGCUCAUUCUUAAAGUUAAACCCACAUUAACGUCAUUCAUUUUUAAGGUCUUCUCAUGUACCUUAAAUCAUUAAGUGAAAAUCCUUCUCAAUUGGAAUUUCAUACAUUGAAAUCAUUACAACAGUAUUUCGAUUAUAUGUCCCAAAUCUUGUAAAAUGAACUUAAGUUAUCUUACUAAAGAUAAACUAUGAAAAUAAGUGAUAAGACUAUUGAAAAAAAGAGUUAAAAGUUUUCUAAGAAGUCUAACUUAAUUUUAAAAAAUUGGUUGAAUAAACACUAUUUCUACCCAUAUCCUAGUAAAGAAUAAGUUGAGUAACUAGCUGAAAAGUGUAAUCUAACAUAAAAAUAAGUAUAUUAUUAAAAUUAUUAGAUUUAAAUAUGGUUUAUAAAUGCAAGGGGAAGAAUAGGAAAUAAAAUGUAUGAAGAGAAGAAGUUUAAAAAUAUUGUCAAAUCCAAAUAUUUAUCUUUGAACUCUAACAAAGCUAGUAAGGAAAAGUUAGAGAUUAAUCAAAUUGAUUCAUGAUA